AUGUCUAACCUGAGAAGGGUGUUGGAGAGGCAAAAGCGAGAAGAUGAAGAAAUCAGGCACAGACGUGCUGAAGAAGAUCGUGAGGCCGAUGAAGAGGAGGAAGAAAUGGUUAUAGCGGUGUGUAUACUCAAUGAAUCAAGGCAACACCACCGUCGUCGUGCCCUGAAUGUGGACAGACAUAGGCAGUCUCGGGGUAAGAAUUUCUUGGAAGAUUUCUUGAACACGUCAUCAGUUAACGUCUAA